AUGGCUGACGAGCCCAGCGCCAUCGACCGCCAUGGGGAUCUCAGACUCAAAGUCGGUAGUCCACAGCAGGCGGGAGACACCCUUUGCCAGAGUGUCGAGUUCCUCGUCUGCUCGCGCGCGUUGGCCCGAGCAUCCCCGGUUUUCGAUCGUAUGCUAUACGGGGCCUUCGCCGAGGCCAGUCACAACCAAGAGGGCAGCGAGGGCUGGACGGUCGAGCUGAAGGAGGACAAGCCAGCUGCCAUGGAGGUGUUCCUGAACGUUGCCCAUGCCAACUUCGCCCGCGUCCCGCACGUCCUCUCCGUCGACAGGCUGUACGACGUAGCCGUACUGACGCACUAUUACGACGCAACGCGGCAGCUGGCCCCAUGGGUCGGCAGCUGGAUGGCGUCCAUUGUCGAGAUGACGCGAGAUGCAAACGUCAUCAUGCCAAAGAUGCUGUGGAUAUCGUGGGAGUUUGGACGCAAGGAGGACUUCAUCGCCGUCGCGCGCCGGAUGCUGAUGGAGGCAAAGACGCCAUGGGCCAUGGAGCCGGAUUCGGGGGAUGAUGCCGUGCAGACGCCUCCGCACAUAGUCGGUAAGAAGAGCCCCCUGGACAUGAAGGCAUUGCCCGGAGCAAAAGGAAGUGACGUCAAGUACGGAGGGCUGACAUGCCAGCCGCUGUCACACAGAGCGCAUAAACACUCUCCGAGUCCAGACGAUCCAGGAGCUGCUCGACAUAGUCAAGGACCUGGUCGCCAAGCUCAUGGUGGUGGACGAAGAGCCAAGGUGGUGCCGCCACGCGACAUAUCUAGGACACCACCGGUGCGAGUCGAUGCUGCUCGGUUCCAUCACGUUUUGUCUGGCGAGGGCGGGACUUUGGCCGCUGCCCGAGGCUGUCGACGUCGAGCUCAGCCUGUUUGA